UUACGAAAGUUUAUCUUAAGUUUAGCUCAAUACCCGAGACUACCCUUACACGAUAACAGGAAGGAGAUAACAAGGCUAUCAACGAUCGACCAUGGCAGACGCAGUGCAAAAGGAUUUCUUCGGGAAAACGUCAAAGGGGGAAGAUAUUUACAAGUUUACGCUGAGCAACAAAAACAAAGUGAGUGUUAGUAUUCUCAACUUUGGCUGUGUUGUCUAUGAGAUAAAUCUUCCUGACAAAGACGGCAACGUUGUCGAUGUUAAUCUAGGGUUUGAUAAUGUGAAAGAUUACGAGGGAAACAACAAUUAUUUUGGAGCCUUGUGUGGUCGAGUUGCUAACCGGAUAAGCGGUGCUAAAUUUACGUUGGAUGGUUCAACGUAUGAAGUCUCAAAGAAUGAUCCGUUCGGAGGUCACUGGGUUCACGGCGGCUUCGUUGGUUUUAGCAGGAGAGUUUGGGAUUAUACAGUUAAAGAUAACACACUCACUCUCAGUUAUAAGGAUCCAGAUGGUAGCGAAGGCAUGCCUGGUGAAGUAGUAACGAAUGUUACAUAUACGCUAGAUGACGAUAACGUAUUAACUAUGGAUUAUAAGGCCACAACCACUAAACCAACCAUUAUAGACAUGGGUAGCCACUUUAUGGUGAACCUUGCUGGCCACGGCAAAGGGGCAAUUAGGGACCAUGUGAUUCAGAUUGGGUCAGAUAGAUACCUAGAAAUGAUGAGCACAGACCAUUUGCCAACUGGAAAAACAGUAACUGUUGAAGAGGACAAGGUAAUGGACUUCCGCCAGCCUCGGAGCGUAGAAGGUGACACCAUAGAGAAACUGACGGGAGGGAGAGCUUUCUGUCAUGCCUUUCUAUUUGAUAAGAGAGGAGAAAAGAAAUUCAUGGCGAGAGCCGAACAUCCACCAAGCAAACGUUAUAUUGAGGUAUAUUCCACUAAUACUACAGUGUUCGCAUACAGCAACCACUUUAUGGAUGUAAUCGUGGGAGAUAAACCUUGCAAGGAUGGAGUCGUUUAUGAAAAAUAUGCCGCUAUAGAAUUUAUGCCUAUGGGUUAUCCUAACUCUAUCAAUCAGGAGAAUUUUCCCCAAUCAGUUGUCCGACCAGGAGAAGAAUACCACGAGACCGCAUGGUACAAAUUUGGAAUAAUGGAAUGAAACGAUACAGAUGAAAAUUUUGACGAUCGUGUCUACUCUUUUCUUAAAAUUUCUUAAACAUGAACAAAAAUAAUAAACACUUAGGUAUUGGAUAAAUACAUGUAUCUUGCUCUGUAAUAUGCAUUCCUGUCGUGUGUUUGCUUCAACGUCUUUUAGUGGACCUGCGUCAACUUCAUUCUGUAUCAAAGGAAUGUAUGAACUGAACUUUCCCCCAAGAGCCAAAAACAAACAAAAAAAAUUUUGUGUGUGUUUCUGAAAAUAUACGAGCGGCAAAUCCGAUGAACAACUUUUUAAUUUGGUGAGGCCUUAUAUGAAACUGUUACAGCUCGACUGUCUGAGAGGGCGGGCUUUUACGGGUCAAUCUGUCAUUAUAGUAUUAAUUUUAAUUGAUUUUUGUUGCUUGUGCCAUGAGCAAGUUUAAAUUUUGAUGAGCUAGUCAUAUAGUGCCAUUAUAUCUUAGGCAGCUGGACAACCGCAUGGUUAUCUGAAUGCAGAACGAUGCAUUUGUUGACGAGAAGGGUCCCCCAAAUUUCUAACGCGAGAACUAUCGGAAAAAGCUCCUUAAAUGUAAUGUUAUAUGAGGCUAAAUGAGCUGGCCAUAUUCCAUUGAACCAACUAGUCUUAAAUGUUGCACCAAAGCCGAGGGAGCCUGCGGCGUCUGUGUGUAAGUGUAAUUUUUGAGAUGUAACCCAUUUGUGCUGAAGUAAUAAAUUUUUGCCAUUGAAA